GGGACUACCGGAGCAAAUGAUUCACCGAAAAAUGAAAAAAAUAGACUAUUGGAGCUUCCAAAAAACCGUAGAAAAUAGAAACCCCUUAAAACCACGUCGUUUAAUGAAAGACAGAGGCCAAAAAAAAUGUAAAAAGAAUACCAAAAUUCAGCCCUCCCUCUUUCUGCUAAAGAAAGCGUAUAGAAAUUAGAAAUGGAGGAAGAGAAAGCAGCGGCGUAUUACGACGAGCUGACUCGGAAAGGCGAAGGAGCAGCGAGAUUCAAACAAGGCCUCGGAUAUUCUUCCACCACCUCCUCAAAUACCGAAAAUGCCCCUCCCGUACGAGGCUCGGCCUUACUUUCUUCCUCAUCUUCCUUCCUCAGCAGCUUCGUCAAGGCGUCAAGCCCCACCAAGGCAUCGGAGUUUCAGAAACAAGCUGAGCUCCAAUCCAUCCAAGACAAGCUCAACAGCAAGAAGAUGAAGAUGAAGAAGGCAACCACCAGCCCCAAACGUGAAGGAGUAGAAGAAGAAGAAGAAGAAGACGAAGCAAGAAACCGACUUAGGGUUUCUCGGAGAGAUGAACGGCAUUCUAGCAGGAGGAGGAGUAGGAGCAGAGAUCGGGAGAGAGAGAGGCGGAGAAGUAGAAGCAGAGAGAGUUACAGGGAUAGAAGAAGGGACAGAGACAGAGACGGAGAUAGAGAUAGAGAGAGAAGGAGAAGGAGGAGGAGUAGGUCGCGGAGUGAUUCGGAUGAGGAUAGGCGGAGAAGAGGGAGAGGAAGGAGCAGUUGGAGUAGGAGCUCAUCGCCUCGGCGGGACCGGAGACAUGAAAGGAGGAACAACCGGAGUUCGUCUUCUCCGCCGCCGCCGCCGCCACGAGAGAGGAGGUCAGAGAAGGACAAGGACAGAGGUGAUGAUGGGCUUAGAGGGAGAAUGAGUAAAACAGAGAGGAAUGGUGGUGGUGUUGAUUAUUCACGCCUGAUUGACGGCUAUGACAAGAUGUCACCAGCGGAAAGAAUCAAAGCAAAGAUGAAACUUCAACUUGCUGAAACUGCUGAAAAAGAUGAAACAAAAGGCGUGGGCUCAGGUUGGGAAAGGUUUGAUUUCAACAAGGAUGCACCACUUGACGAUGAUGAUGAGAUUGAAGCUGCAGAAGAUGAUGGAUCAUUAGUGAAGCACAUUGGGCAGACCUUUCGAUUCUCUGCAGUCAAGGCUAAAAGGGAGGAGCAAAUUGAAACUGCUCAUGAUUUGGCCAUGUUUGGUGCACCAGUAUCAGUGCCACCAGUUACAACAUGUAAAGAGGUUGUGGCAGAGGCCAAGGCUGAGGCUGAGGCUGAGGCUGAAACUGAGGCUGAAGCCAACGCUAAGAUUAAGGACAGUAGUGAAAUUGACCUUGCUACAAGUCUCCUAAGUGAAAAGGUACUUGCAAAACAACAAGGUUCAUGGCGUGAUCGUGCUCGUGGCCCACCAUCAAAAAGAUUUGGAUGACUAGAAUCUUGUUCAUCAACAAGCUUACGAUUGGAGAAAAAAACUUACUGAGGGAAUUCAACCUGUGCGGCUGCACCUAGGAGUCUGAUACCAUGAUCAAGUUUUCAUCUAGCCACUGGAUUGCUGGUGUUGCCAUUAACGGUGGAGAUUUACUUAGGUUAUUCGAAAGAAAGCUGCUUCGAAAGAAACUACAAAGAGAAAAAGGACUGUCAACCCUUGUACUACUGCUCUGCUCAAUGCCCACUCUCUACUAAAAAUAUUCUGAGGUUCUGAACGUGCAGAAAGAUUCUGCUAUCUUUCUAGGAUAACUUGUUCGAAUAAUAUACGGGAUUUAACGAGCUUUGGCAUCUUUACAAAAUUCGAAAAGGCUGAAACAGCAAUAAAUAUAGAGUGUAAAAGCCAGAUGAUACAUUAUUUAUACGACAAGAUCACACUUGUUGGUGAUGAGCUAGUUAAGUGGGAUCUAAGAAAAUUUCUUUAUUUGGAGUUCUUGUAGUUAUACCUCUUAAAAUCUCAUCUACAUUUGAUCACCGAUGUCAAAUGCCAGGCACACCAUGUAAUCUCAAAUUGUCAUUGAGAAUUUGAAGAUCAUUAUUUGGGUGCAACCAAUUGUUAAUGUUACAGCUCUUGAUUUAUCA